UACUUAAUUGAAAAUAUUAAGAUACUAAAACAUUAUAUUAGAAUAUUAAAACAUUAAUAUCAGAAGGUUAAUGUUAAGAGAUUAAUAUUUUAAUAUAGUGAUUAGGUAUAUUUUAAUAAAAUAUUAAUAUUGGAAAAGGGAUGGCAAGUAUCAUCGAUGCAAACAGUACGAAUUUUUAGUUGCUCGCGAUCAAUGAUGCAAUCAGUUUUAUUUCCGGUACAACCACCGUGCGUUCCGCCGGCCUAAUAAUAAAACAUGUUUAAUUUUGUCGAUCGAUCCGAUCGAUUAAUCACCGCGGGUCUUUUCCGACCUAUCAGACGUUCAAGGGAAUAUCCUGUCGCGGUCUAAUUAUUUAUUUAUAUUCGCGGCAUAUACAAUGAUGGCUCGGUGCCAAGAUCGGGUCGCAGACGUGACGAUCGGGCACGAUGACUCCUCUUUGGCUCCGAUCUUUAAAACAGCGACGCUGCGCAACACUGAUCGGUCGAUAUAUCGAUUAUAUCACUCUGAAUCACAGUGUGAAUCAGAGGGAAAAAAUUGACGUCGUGAUGAAACAACGGUGACUUAUGUUACUCUUCAAUAAUGAACAAGAUGAUCGAUAAUCUAGACUGAAUUAGUUGUAAAAGUCAUGAAGAAUCUAAGUUUACGAUAGUAUAAGUGGAACAAGCAGAUUAUGAUCAGCCAUGCAAGUCCUUUUAACCUGUGAAAGUUAUACGUGAAAGGAAUUGUGAAAUGAUGAUCUGUAUUAUAAUGAACGUAUUACGUUUAAUGAAAAAAGUUAUUGUCAACUUACAAUUAGUGGAAUAAUUUGUAGAAGAUAUUGGAAACUAAGAUGUAGAUGUCACGUGAAAAUAAAAUUUACGUGUGACAGAUAUGACACAUCUAAUUAAAUAAUUAAAUAAUUAUGGAAACAGGAGAAAUGGAUGAUUAAAUGGAGAUAUGAAUCCUUGAAAUCAUAGCAAAGAGAAAUAAGUAAGAAUGAACUUUGCAAGCGGAGUUGAAACUUUGAGUUUAAAGCUUUCAACUCGCUACAACAUUGUGGGUCAUUAAUAAUACAGUCCGAUGACGGUACGCACAAACAUACGGAGCAUCUAUUAAUAAGAAUCACGCAAAGCCGGUCAACCGCGAUCCAAUUAUUAUCGGGAGGUGCUGAUUGGCCGUCCUCAAUGUGGCAAUCGUAACAAAAAGCUACAAAAGAUGCCACCGCCCUCGGACGGCCCAAUUUUUCGUGACCGUUCCAUUGCAACUGUCAUCUCCGAUCAUCCGACUAUGAGAAAUUAGUAAAAGUUGGAUGACAAAUUAACACACCCACACAGACACUCGACACAAAAAUUGUCAGCCCCUCGGAGUAGCAUUUUCGAGAAAACUACUCAACGAACAACAAUAAACAGACUUACGGUCAAUGAUUCCGACACAAGUUUAACGUGUCAUUAACCCGGAAGGAACUCGAAGAAACUCGAGAAAGAACGAUACGAAACGAUACUUCGAAGCAACGGUUUCAAAUUCGAAUCUCAAAAAGAAAUUGAGAAAGAAAACAAAGAAUUCCUUCAAAACAAAACAGAUCCAGCGGUGUCAGUAACUCCUCGAAUCAGAAUCGCCAUCGCCCUAUAAGAAAACCGAUCGAAUCGAAAACCUCUCUCCAUCAAAGGAGGAAGAUCCUCCAGGAUCAGAGUCGCCAGGCAACAGUGCAAAAAUGUCAAGUGUACAGCCCCCAUUGUACGUUCCAUUAGAGUCAAAAUGGAAGCACUGGCCCACCUACAUUUACGACACGAAUUACAAAUGUGGCAUCAACUACUAUCAGCCGAUGAUUAACUACAUAGACAGAUAUGGAAGAUCAACGACGCCGCCAUCGGAAUUCCGUCGUCAAAGAAGGUCGGAACUGCCGGACCUACCCUGGAGCGACGGCAGGAUGUUAUGGGGUGAGAAACCCGUGGAACCCUACAGUAGGCACGAGUUGAUCAAGCACGCGAUCGACGCGGAAGAUCUGGCCAGGGAUCAUCUGUCCCAGUUCAAGAUAGCGAAUCGGUCGGACUUCAGCUUGUCGAAGACAGCGCAGGCCAGCCACGUGACAAGAGACGUGUUCCCGAGUCGGUUAGAGACAAUCAGAGCUUCGCCGUCGCUGUUGCUUUUGGAAAGCGCGCGCAUCAGGAGCCAAGUGAGGGAUCUCCAGCGCCAGUUGGCCGCCAUCGAUCUCCAGUGCUUGAGAGAUAUGCAGGAGCUGACGGAGGCGCGCACCGUUGCUGAUCAAGUGAAAAACUUGCGCGGAAAGUCGGCCAAGGCCAUAGAGUUCCAUCUAAGGGCGGAGGCGAUGAAGAAUCUGAACAAAAGCAAAGAACUCGCGGAUCUGAAAAAGGCUCAGCUGCUAGAUAGCGCGAUCUGGGAGGGUAGGCAGCAGCUGAGGUUCUCGCGGGAACUGGCCAAAAGUAUACUAGACGAGGAGAAACUGAUCGCACCGCUGGAUAGCCUCAGCAAGGAGCUGAAGGGAUACGAGGAGAAGUCCAGCAACUAUUUCUUGGACAAGAGGUACCGACACCCGACGAGACCGACCCGAUUGUACGGAUGCCUGGGAUAGGGGAGGCUUUCGAUUGGACCGUGAAUCUUGAUACCUUGUAGAUAAGCGUUGUAGUUGCGGGUAAGAGCUGUGUCACAAGGAGAACCAACGAUGAUGGACAAUAAAGGCGAGACUUUCGAUGUUGUACACGACUGGUUUUGUUCCGCGCGGACCGACGCGCACGGAUGUCCGGCAGCUUUGAUGUUCCUCGGGAGUAACAGGUUGCCGAGACGCGUUCUCGGAUAGGGGUUUUGUACCAGUGAAUUUUUGGGACGUUACUAUUUUUGGAUAGAGUAGCUACGAAUUCGUACUGAUUAGGUUCCCUUUUCGAGAAAUAUUGGAUAAGUUAUGCUUGUUGAGAUUCGGUAGCUGCCCUCUUUCAUUUGAAUCCUUACUCCUUGUGUGAUGGUAACAUGUAAGGUAAAGCUAACCGGUAACUAACCGAAUGAAUGGUUUAACGAAGCGAUAGACGAGAAUUCGAAUUCUGAAUUUAUUUUCUGAACUACAUUCCGCGAAUGUAGAAAUGAAAUAAGGAAAUGCCUUUUUGAAGACGUCCCCGUCGUCUUUCGAUGAUAUUAAUAAUUAGUAACAUUCUUUUAGCUUUAUAAAAUCAUACAUAUAUUCUAACUCAAGUUAACGUAGUUUCCUAGAACGUAAACGUUCUCAGAUCAUCAGUCCCAAUAGUAUAGUAGACAUUUUCAUAUAUAAUGCAAUAGAAAGUGAAUGUUGUCUUCGUAAAACCUUCAUUUAACAUAUUGAACGAAGAUCCUUUUAUUCUCCUAUCG